AACGAUUGAAAUACACGUCAGUGUUUGACAGGAAGAACUGGUUUGUGAACACGUUGAAAAGAUCAUCAUGUUUCGUCGUUUAUCUAGAUUCCAGACAGAGAUGUGACGGAAAAUGAGUAAAUUUAGUGUUAGUUUGAAGAUUCUCGUCGCCGUUUUAUGUUUUCAAAGCGUAAUCCCUCUACAAGCAGGGGAGAGCACUGAUGGCUCUGUGUCACUCAGCACUGGUGUUGAGACAGAUGGAAGUGAGUCGGUCAUUCUACAGGCCAGCACCCACAGCAGUGUCACAGUGUCCCAACACGUGUCAGACAGUAUGAAAGAGCCUGAAUCAACUAGUGCGCUUGUGCAGCCAAGUGUGGUGAUUACUGCUGAGAGUCCAUCCCCGCUGGAGGAGGCUGUCACUGUGGCAGCCACUACAGUGGACAGCAAUGGUGCAGUAGUAGUCAGUGAGAAGGUGAAUGACCCCAGUGACCAGAGGGAACCUCAAACACAGAAUGGUCAAGAUCAUCUCCAAACAGAUACCAUGGUGAAUAACAUUAUGUCCACGGAGUCUGAGAAGGAGCAGCCGGCUAGUCAGACUCCAGAUGAUGCUCAACAAAAGCAGCUUGCUGACCAACCUUCAGCAGUGACAAGUAAUGAGACACUUCGGCGAUACAAGCAAAGAUGAAACAACGCCCCUGUCGGAAGAAAGUACCACUGUACCACUGUCGCAGCCUGAAGCUAGUGUGGACGUUGGUGAACUGAGUGGUGGCAGCAAGGUUGACAUCAGGGACAAGGCAGCCACUGAUCACCAACAGGACUUCCAGUCCUACACUGAGUGGAGACAGAAGGUUUUGGAGGAAGAACAAAAGUCAAAACAGGACAACACAAUUCCUGUGGUGCCGAUGCCCGUACCUUUAAAAUCCAAGCAACGUAUCAACUUUUCCUCCAAGAACUGUGGGGCUAAGGUAUUGGCAUCUAAUCAGGAGGCUGAAAAUGUGCAGGGAGUCCUCACUGGGAACAAAGAUGACUACAUGCUCAAUCCAUGCAGUGCUCAGAAAAAAUGGUUUGCCAUAGAACUGUGUGAACCCAUUCAAGUUAAAACAGUGGAAAUUGCAAGCUUAGAGCUGUUUUCUUCUCAGCCGAAGACAUUUCGAGUGUCCUUGAGUGACAGGUUCCCAGCCAAAGAUUGGCGGGAGUUGGGGGAGUAUGAAGCGACACAGGAGAAGACAGCACAGGCCUUUCAGGUGGACGACCAGCAGUUUGUCAAGUUUGUCAAGGUGGAGCUGCUCAGUCACUACAACAAUGAACACUUCUGCCCUGUUACCUUGUUCAGAGUGUUUGGCGUACCGAUGGCAGAUGAUGAUGAUGACAACCCCGAGAGCAUAGAAUCAACCAAUUCAGAGGAGGAAACUGUGAUCCUUCAGGAUGGAGAUGAAGAUGAGGCCAAGGACAACUCAAGGAACCUGUUUAUGAGUGCAAAGGACACAGUUAUGAACUUGGUAAAGAAGGUAUUGAAUGUGGAUGAGGCUGAGCAGAGCACAACCGGAAAACCCCCAAGUGAGAAAGAUGUUGGAUUGAACUACUCUCAUGAUGGCCUCCUGCUACCCUGCGUGCCAGAAGAAGACGGCAAAGUUAGUGAGGUGAAGUUGAAGAGUGAUGCAGAUGUUCCCACAGUGGCAGUCCCUCAACCCAGCAUCCAGCCAGGACCAGCAGAUACUCCAAUUGUAACCAAACUUCAAGAUGAUGAGCAGAUACCUAGUGAGCACAGUGGAAAUGAGGAGCUGGUGACGUUACUGUCAUCACAGUAUCCAGGAUCUGUGGAGAUAUGUUCAACACCUUCACAGCAGAACAAGACAAGCCCUCACCGUAUGUUCUGCUCCUAUAUUCAGACAAUGCUAAGUAACAAGAUCACACAGACAUGUUCAUCACAUCCUGAGCCAACUUUGGUCUCCUCCAAACACAAGGCAGUCCCUUCCCCAAGGACUCCUUCAGACACUAACAGCAAGCAUGAAACAGAUAUAACUGGUUCACACAGUUUAAAGGAUGAGAGUCCAGAGCUUCACACAUUGCACAGAUCAGCAGAUACAGUGGUCAGUCUGAGUCUGCAGGAAACAAGGGCAGAUGAUAGGGACAGGUCUGCAUCUGCACCUCAUGAGGUAUCUACUGUUGAUGAUCGUGAGAGGUCUGUACAGGACACAACAGAUUCAUUGUUGGACUCAACGCAGACACAGACAAUGACAGAAUAUGUUACAGUGAGCCUUGAAGCUGAGCAGGCUGCCACCAAGCCUGCUGAUUCCAGCCCCUCAGUAAGUAGCAGCCAGCCGGAGAGUGAGGCAGUGACUCACCUCAAGCCCAGCAGCACCCCAUCUUUUGUGGAAGAUGCCCACAAGCUCACUCAGACCCCAGUGCUAGAAACACAACAGCCUUGGACAGGUGGGACACAAGCAGAAGACCUGGGGAAAACCUCACUCAGCAGUAAAGUGUCUCCAUCUCCAGCUGUCUCCAGCAGUGUGGACACCCUGCCCACCAAAGUUAUAGCUACAAUGGUGGAAGAGGUGGAGGACCACAAGGAUAGCUCUAGUCAAGAGGUUGAUGCCACAGAGAGUGUUGUUAAAGCAGAGAAUAUCACAGCUAACAAAGACAAACCUCUCGACCUCAUGCAGGUUCCAUUAGCUCCUGUAGCCAAGAGGGAAACUGCUAUUAUGAGGCUCACUAACCGAAUAAAGUCUCUUGAACUGAAUGUCUCUCUCAGCAGCAGGUUUUUAGAUGAGUUGAGCCAUCGCUUUAAGAAACAGUCUGAGGAAAUGAUGAGACUACUGAAUAAAACAACUGCACAUUUUAACAAUGUGACGGACAGGUCCGAAUUAAAGGUUACACUACAACAGGAGCAGUUAGAACAACUGGAAUCACGUGUGGAAAACCUGACUGCCCUCAUGACCGACUUGUUCAUGAGCAUGGAGGAUCUGAACAACAAGAUUACAGACAGACAGCUUGUUUGGACAACAGUAGAGUUUCUUCUGCUGGCAGUUGUAUGUGUUGUUUGUCUACGGCGCGGCAGGUCUCCGAGCAUACAUCCAGAUGUUCGCCACUUGCUGGAGAUGAUGCCCAGCCAUCCCAAUCACACUGGCAACAUGCGUCGGAACUCUGUGGGUGCCGUUGGCCAUGUUCUACCUGCAACACCAAUAAGAAAACAAGCCAGUGAAUCUGCACUUGUUGCGGCUAUUGCAAGUGAACGUAAUCCAAGUUUUGAGAUUGUGGAACAGGGGAAUUCACUUCUUAGUCAACAGCCAGUGCAGAAGGAUGGUAACAAGAAAAGAAGAAGAAAAAGCAUAAAAAUCUGGAAGCUAAAUCAUCAACAGAGGCAGUAUCUCCAGAUGGCUCAGAGUCUCUGUCUGCAACACAACUCACAGAGAGUGCAGGAUUGUUGUUUGGAGCAGAUGCAGUGACUGUACUCACAGGUGUACCCGAUCCUUCGUGCACUAUUGCCAAAACAAAAGAUGAGAAAUCCACUUCUGAAAGGACAAGCACCAAGAGUCUUCCAACUCAUAGCAGGCAAAGUUCACAAUCUUUUAUUGAAAUCCAUAAGAAUCCAGCUAAAGUGACUGUCCUUCCAAAGAAGUUAUCACUGCCCAACAGUGGUAGCAUAGCCUCCCAGUGUGUGAGUCUCAUGGCCACACAUAGCUGUCCUCCACCAGGUGGACUCAAGGCAGACCCUCCAAAGCUGUCUGCAGGUGCCACUUUGCAGACAGCCGAUAGAGUUCUUACUGGUAUGCAGGCAAAGACUCUGGCUAAUGGUGCCAUGUCUGACAGCAAGCCCAUGAGUGGAAGGACAUCAGCUCACAUGUGGAAGUCCACAGGCCAACACAUGCCUCUGCCUCCACCACCGCCACCCCCACCCCCAUCACCACCACCACGAGGUGGCACGCACUACCCAGUUCUGAAGGGAACCAAAUCCAACCUGAAGCAGAAGGGCUGGAGUUUCAAGAAAUCCAUUGGCUUUGAAUAACUUAUAUAUGUAGUAUAUGCUUAAUACUUCUACAAAAUAUGUGAUUUGAGGGCCUGACUUUACUUGUUACUGAAUUAUGGUGGUGCAUAUAUUUAUUGAAUGAAAAACUUGCUUGAAUUUGUGACAAAGAAUAGUGCUAUCUGCAUUUUUUGCCAGUUUUGGAAAUCUUUAGGUAACAAUGAUUAUUUGCUGAAAGAGAUUAUAUUCUGUAUUUGUCCUCCACCCUUUGCCGUCCAAGGAAAAUGUUACUUCCAAUCUUGUAUUUAUGUGUCAUGUCCUUGAGCUACUUGAGUUGCUUUUUUUUUUAAUCAAAUGUUUUGUUUAGGAAAGAGUUGAUUGUGUUACAUAUUUACUGACAAGAACAAACCAUUGGGCAGUUAGCCUAAGAUGAAACCAUCAGUCACAGUUGAGAUCAUGUCAAGAUGUAUGAAAAGCUAUAUUCAAACAGGUACUAAGUAUUCAUACUCAAAUCGGGUAUUAAUUUCAGGGCAUUUUAAGUUGAAGUCCAUGAUGUUUUAGCUGCACAAAUUCAUUAUCUGACAUCAAUAUGAUUAUUCACAUGAAGUUUACUUACGUUAGUAGAUUUGGAUGUCCAGCAUGUUAGUAGAUUUGGAUGUCCAGCAUGAAAUCUCUAAGUCAACUUAAAGUCAUGUGACCAGACUGUUCUUCAGAUGAUCGUACCAGCAGCUUACUGGUCGUGAUGUCAGAAAGUUGUUCUAUUGGUAUCAAAAUGUAGGUGGAUCUUCCCAUCUAAGGGGGACGGUGGGGUAGCCUAAUGGUUAAGGUGUUAGCUUGUCACACCAAAGACCCCGGGUUUGAUUCCUCACAUGGGUACAAUGUGUGAAGCUCAUUUCUGGUGCUGUGAUAUUGCUGGAAUAUUGCUGAAAGCGGCGUAAAACUAUACUCAGUCAGUCCAAUCAAAGGUUAAAGACUAAAGUUAAAGUAAACAUGCAAUGGCUAUGUGCCAAAUCAUAAUAAUAAUUGAAAUAUAUAAGCUCUCUAAUGAAGGCAUUGCUUUCCAAAUGACAAAGGUCAAGGUCAUGCAAACAAUGAGUGUUAUGUUGUACCUAUAUCCCUCUGUGCAUGGGUACAAUCAAUGACUGGAUCACUCAGGAUGUAGUGAAAGCUGUUGGUGUCUCUAGGUCAGGACUAUUACUCAUGUUGUUUUGGGUUCAGGUCUGGUGAUUUAGAAGCCCAUGGGAGGAUCUGUAGAAGUUCCUUAGGACUGCUGCUGUUACUAUAAGUGUGUUGGGUCCAGCAACUAUUUUGUGGAAACAUGAUGAAGAAUUUCUUCACAUUUAGUGAUGGAAUGUUAUGCUGCCUUUCGCAAAUCUGCCCAAUCUGUUGACUUCACUCAUGAGCAAUACAUUCAUUGGGACGUUGGUACACCCCCGCUUUCAUCAUGAUACAGCAUUACCCUGACUUAACCCUAAACCAAACAGUUCCCCAACACUGGUUAGUCUAUGCUCUGUGUGCUUGACAACACUGAAGCCAUAGUUGAAGAUGUUGUCAGAAUAUCACCUCUGACAGGCCAUCAAGCUGCGAUGUCGUUCUCAAUCACAGAAGAGCUGCCAUUGUAGAAGAUGCUGUUUUACAUCUUUGUCACCUGUGUAAAUGCUUAUUCAGCAGUCAUGGGCAACAAUUGUCACAAACUGGUCAGGCACUUGAAGUACGAUACUGGGCAUCAAUCCCCUAGUUUUCGGUAUUGUUAUAUUUGGGUUAUAUCAGAGACCAUGGUCUCUUGUUAUAUCCAUGCUCCAAUUUGGUGAUUCCAAUAAAAUUAUUAGUGUGGUGCUAAACAACAUGUUCAUAUAUUGCUAAUGUCUCUCAUGUAUACAUAUAUGGAGAAAAAUAAUAGUCCAGAAGUCUCUUUCAUGUAUACAUAUAUGGAGAAAGAUAAAGGUCCAGAGGUCUCUUUCAUUUACUCUACCCAGAUUCUCUAUUGUGAUUUUCUAGAGUUUGUGAAGACAUAUCACAUUAGUAUCAUCUGUGUUACUACUUUCAGAGAAAAUGUUCAUUAACUUGCUUCAUAAUAGGAAAAUAAGUGCAAUGAAUGUUAGAACUAUGUUACAGUGAACUGUAGACAAUCAAGUGAAGGCCAGACAAACCUUGGACAAAACAUCAGUAGUGGUCCACACAAUAAGUCAAACAACCAGACCGUCUGACCUAUGGUUUGAUAAUAUAAUGGGGACCUAUUCUGAAUAGGAUGAUUGUAAACAGUUACAAAAUGUGUAAGGUAAUGUAAUUUUAUAUUUAUAAGAAAUUGUAAAUCUUUUCUUAGAAAGGAAUAUUGCACAAAUGAAUAUUACUUUUAAUUACUUGAUUUAAGUUUAAAGUAAUGUUAAUCUUUAAGAACUGUCUGUCAGUCUGCUUGGCACAAAAGUAUUGUUAAGGUGACAGUGAAAUUGAGGUGGAAUAUCUAGAUACUUGCACAUAGUCUCUGUAAGUUUUAAUUGGGUUGAUUUUACGUUUAUAACAUGAAUCUUAACAGGAAAAUCAGUUUUAUUUUGUAAAAGUAACACAGGAAAUCA